AUUGUAACAUUUAUCUCGUGUAGUCGUGUUUAGUGCCCUGCUUUUAUUGGAGCAUGAAGAAAAAGACUGCCAAGUGAAUUGAAGCAGAGAAUUUUCCUUAUAUUGUUCACUUAUUGAUUGGAAACACUGACUGGAAGAGUGUAAGAAUUUUGCAUGACAAACUCCUCACAUUCCACUCAGUAACCUUUAGUUUGUACAUCUGUGGAGCCUUUCUUUCUUUGAUAUGGUGGAUAUUUUGACACAGACACAUUCUCUAGUCAUUAAUGAUAGUUGGUUAGGCAGUCUUGUCUUGGUGAGAUUAGUUACAGUUCAGUUUUGUGUGCUACAUCUAUUGAACUUUGUGUAUUGAUGUGGCUUUGUUAUUUAUCGUUUUUGUAAUUCUGUUGGCCUGUUUGAUGCCAGAAAAUGAUGAAAAUUAGUUCACUUUUGCAUUAUGUGUUGGGAUUUCUUUGUGUUGUCUUGCAGUGAAAAGAAAAAGUGUAUUUAUGAGAUAUCUUCACUGUGAUCAUCUGAAAAUUUGUGAGAUCUUUUAAACACACACACACACACACACACUCAAACACACACACACACACACACACACACACACACACACACACACACACACACACACACACACACACACACACACACACACACACACACACACACACACACACACACACAGCAUCUAAGUAGUGGAGAGAAUGUUGAGUUUGAGGAGUAGGAGUGAGGCAGUCAAGUUAGGACAGUGAUGAAUCAUGCAUUUUGAAACAACUUGGACUUGGACUUGGAUGCCCCUGUGACAGUGUGUAGUGGUUAGCAGUGCUGCCAGAACCUUCUCAUUUCAAGACUGUCUGAUUCCAUUAGUGUGUAGUAAUUGCAGGUAGCAUUGGUGUGUUUUAACCCUUACACUGGUAUUUGGUAGAUCUCUCCUUAAGCACUAACCACUAAGACAUCAUUAAUUUUCUUGUCCUGCACCCAGUGCCAGAGACUAUAGUGGCUAGAUAUUGCAAAAUCUAUAUUUAUAUAAAGAUUCUAUACAUUACUUGUGGUGCUGUGGUUUGUUGCAUAUUGUAGGGAAAGGAUUACCUCUUAUUGCCACAGUCAGCUUAUAAUAUACUGGAAGAACUUCAUGUAGAGGAGCUCUUGUAAACCAUUGAGAGUUGGAGGUGGAAGGAAGACUUGGCCUCUAACUAUUUCCCUUUACUUUUUUUUCACCCCAGACAAUCUAUCUCUUUACCAGACCAGCAAUCCCCACACAGGGUGGCACAGACAAGGCACCGCACACUUGUACACACAUCAUCUGCUCUCUUAGCUCUGAAUAAUAAUUUAUGCCCAGAGUAAACCUGUGAACUUGUGAGAAUGAAACAGUUACAAAGAUAUGAAAAAACAGGGUUGAGAUAUACUGUACAAUGAUAAGGAAGACAUUACAAGAAAAGAUUAUCACCUAAGCUGGGAAACAUCAUAGCAAUCCCCAAAAAGGAACAGAAUUGAGAAUAGCGAGAGGAAAUGAAAUGCACUAAGAUAUACUAAGGAGGAGGUUGCAAGGAAAGACUAUCACCUGACCUAGGCAACAUAACCUUCCCAAAAGAGAACAGAAUUGAGAAGGUGAAAGAACAUACACCAAGAAGCAGUGACAAUGGAACACCAGAACACCUCUAUAAAGACACCACAGUUUUCUCACAUCACCCCUGAAGACCUGGACCACAUCUAUGAACCCUCAGAGGACUCGUUUCUUCUCAUUGAUACCUUGGAGAAAGACCUUGAGCUUAUCAGAGCAAGACAUCCAGCGGUCUGCCUUGAGGUCGGGUCUGGGUCUGGUGUAGUGAUCACAGCACUUGCCACAGCACUGGGGCCUUACUGCUGCUAUCUGGCCACAGAUAUUAACCCAAGGGCAUGUCGCAUCACUCAGGAGACUGGCCAGGUGAAUGGUGUGUCGGUAAACGCAAUCAACACAGACUUGGCGAGUGGGAUUAGGGCGCAAAUAGAUGUGCUCAUCUUCAACCCGCCUUAUGUUGUCACCCCAUCAGAGGAGGUUGGGAGGGGUGAUCUGGAGCACACCUGGGCUGGGGGGGAGCUGGGUAGGGAGGUGAUGGAUCGCCUCUUUCCCAGGGUGGGUGAGCUGCUUUCCCCUAAGGGUGUGUUCUACUUGGUAGUGCUGAAGGAGAACCGGCCCCAAGAAGUGGCUGAGGUGAUGGCGCUCCAAGGGUUCUCCUGCUCCAUUGUCCUCUCUCGAACCACUGGGCCAGAAAAGCUCUCGGUUCUUAGGUUCACUCGGGAUAGAUAGUCAUUCUCUCUCGUGACCUUUUUUUUUUCCAUCUUCCCCAUUUUCUCCUCUCUUUCUUUCCCUUAUCCUGAUUUCUCUCCAUACAUAAGUAAAUAAGGAAAGCUGUAAGAAACCAUCAAUCCUACACAUGGCAAUCCCUGUAUGAAAAUUUCCACCUUUUAUCACUCUUUUAUCUUCUCAGCAUUCUGAUUUCCUAGUGGAAUUUAACUUGUACCUUUUGCAAGCCAUCUUUCCUCUGUGCAUUUUGAAUAUUGUUAUACCUUUGUUUUUUUUUUUUUUUCACUUGGUCUUAAUGAGAAGGUCCAUAGCAGUCACUUGUGUUGUUCCUGCCACUAGAAAUGUAUAUUUUUUUUCUCCCAUAGCUUAAUGAUGUAUACAUGCUAAUGCUAAUUUGCUUAGGGCUGAAAUGUAUGAAAAGGAUUUAUCUGUCUAUCUAUCUAUAUACCUGGCUGGCAAUCACACUCACAGUGUCCCAGACAAAGCACCAUACACUUAAACACGUAUCAUUCAUACUCUUAACCCAAUUGGCCCUUGGUGGAAAUGGAUACUAGUAGUAGUAGUAGUAGUAGUAGUAGAAGUAGUAGUAGUAGUAGUAGUAGUAGUAGUAGUAGUAGUAGUAGUAUAUAAGUAUUUAUCUAUCUAUAUACUAGGUUGGCAGUCCAGACACACAUCAUUCACAUUCUUAGCCUCAUUGGCCUCUGGUGGAAAGGGACAGUCUCAUGGACCACCCUGUUACACUCCUGAAUGUUGCAUGAACUCAACACUGGGAAGAAUCAGCUGUGUAUUGUGAUAGGUAUUUGUGUAGAGAAGUUAUUGCUUAUUUAUUUAUUUAUUUUUUUUGUCAUAUGGUAUACUGAUGUACAGUAAAAUCCCUCUCAUCUGGCAUUCGAGUAUCCGGCAGCUUCAAGUAUCCGGCACAUUUUUCCCCGAGCCCUAAAAUCAAUAAAAAAUCAAUGUGUACUCAUAAAAUCGAUUAAAAUUCCCGCGCGAGGCAUACUUUGUCCCUUCACCACCAGAGCGCACUGCUUUGCACCACCCGCGGCCCACUGCACUGUGUUUACUCAGUGACUCAGUCCCGCGUGUGCACUGUUUAUCGCCUGACGCCUUCAUCAUGCCUAAAGUUGUAGAAAAGAGGAAGUGUGUUGUGCUUACACUUAAGCAGCUGAUCAGAUCAGCUGUUGAUUAAGAUCAGCUGAUCUUUGUUAUGGUAAGAUGCGUGAGUGUAGGGUGGUGAUUGUGGACAUAAUUUCACUUAUAUUCAAGUAUCCGGCAUGUCGGCGGUCCCGUUGAUGCCGGAUAAGAGGGAUUUUACUGUAUAUCCUUUCCCUCAAGGGGUAAAAUGUACUGUGUAGAGAAUAUAAUUUGUAAACAAUAAACAUGUGAACUAAA